CUAUCCUCAUACCCCCUCGGGGAAUUACCCGAAAAUGCCUCAGCAGCCAGUUUCCUCUCCGAGCCACUGGGUGGACAUGGAUAAAAGGAAUCUGAAGUGCAUGGGGUGCACAAAGCUGGAGAACUCUCUCCAUUGUUAAGCCUACAGCUCGUCUCCAACUCUACUCUCUCCUUUACCAUGCGUCCCAGUACCUGCGCCUCAGCUACUGCUGGCGCCUCGCUGCUUCGAUCUGGGCUGCUGCCUCUCUUGUUGCUGCUCACUUUAGCCUGGAUUGCCAGCGCUGACCCACCAGUUGGGUUUGGAGAGCUGCGCUGCAAGUGUGUGAGAACCACACAAGGGAUUCAUCCCAAGCAUAUAGCCCGAGUGGAAGUGAUCGUGGCGGGACCUCACUGUCACUCAAACGAAGUCAUAGCCACUCUGAAGACAGGGAAUGUAAUUUGUCUCAACCCCAAAGCCCCUUGGGUGAAGAAAUUCAUCCAAAAAACUUUGGAUAAUGGUCCUUCACUUUGAUUUACUUCCCGUGUACAUUGAACAAUUAAGACUGAGAAAGACCAGUGAAGUGAAGAUUCUUCCUAAGAAAAUUUGGAUUCCUUAGUAGAAAAUCCUUUAAGGAAUGUUUUUGUGAGUACAAAGAAUACUACAAGAAAAUUGGCAUUCUUCUGGAGGUGUGCUACAGGCAUUCAAUCAGCUAUUCAUCUCUCCUUGAUUUAGCAUUCACAAAGCAUCAACAUUACCUGUACUUGAUAUUCUCAUCACCUUGUUAUGAACUUGGCAUUGAUUUUUUAAAAUUUAUUUGAACUAUUUAUUUUUUCCAUGGUAUAUUGCUCUCAUAUAAUGAAAUCUUUGUCAAUUGACCAACCCUUUAUAGGUUACCUCAUGAGUUACUAGUAACCUAUGAAUGCUUUAGUUUUAAUAGACAUUUACAAGGCAUCUCAAGAGUUAAAGAUAAAUAUUAAUAUGCUUCAUAGCUUUUUAUGUGAGUACAAGAUAUGUUUUAAUGUGAAAAUGAAAUAAUAAUUAUCAAAGGAGAUUAAAUUAAAGACAUUCAUUCAAUCUGUGAAGGCAGCAAGGCAUUUUGUACCAGCUAUUUGUUCAUUUGGAAAGAUUUAGAUCUAAGGCUUAAAUAAUUCACAAGAAGGCUGGAGUAUUGUCCAUUUAUCUGUCACAUGUUAGUUUAUUUAGAAUGUCCAAAUAUUUGAGUUUUAAAGAAAGGAGUAUACACUUUCAAAUUCCAAUUUAGACAUAGGGUGUCUAUUUUAGUAUGGCAUAAUGUCAUAGAUCUUAUAAGAUAUUUAUUGAAUAUUAUUUAGAAAUUAUGUUUACAUUGCUAGUCAUAAUAUAUACAUCUGUAUGUAUGCACACAUAUUUACGUAGAUAGAUAGAUGAAGAAAUUAAGGAAAUAAUUACAUUUUUAAUGCAUCACUUUAUACUUCCUUUUUUUGCACACAUGUUUUAUGAAAAAAUGAAUUUAAUGAGAAACAAUUUUGCUUUCUGACAAUUUUGAGAGCUUACAAUAUAGUUGAACAAUUUUUCAUGUAUCUUGCUUUAAAAAUUAAAUGAACUAUUAACAGAGUUCUUGAAAAAAAUAUUUUAUAUUGGAAUGAACUGGUCAAAACUAUUUCUAUCUUUUUGUUAUAAGAAAUUAUUAUGUUAACAUUAUGCUGUGUGAGCAACUUUUUUUUCCUUUUCUGGUAAAUUGUAUUUGUUUUAUUCUUCUUGGGGGAGAAAUAAAUGUUUUGCAAAUUCAAAUAA